AUGUAUGUGGAAGAUCUACUUCUGACUGGAAACAGCUCGAGCUUCCUCUCCUCUUUUCGUCAACAACUGGCUGAUCGGUUCUCUCUUAAGCAUCUCGGUCCGGUUAAUUUUUUUCUUGGGAUUGAGGUCAUUCCCACGACCACUGGUUAUCUUCUUUCACAGCACAAGUAUGUUGCUGACCUACUGACCCGAUUUCAAAUGCAUGAGGCUAAUCCCUGCUUGACUCCGCUGACUUCUACUGCUCAACUUCAGCUCUCUGAUGGCUCUUCUGCGGCUGAUGCCACCCUUUAUCGUCAGGAAGUUGGUGCUUUACAGUACUUGGUUACCACUCGACCUGACGUCGCUUUUGCGGUCAAUCGUCUUUCUCAGUUCAUGCAUGCUCCCACCUCUGUGCACUGGCAGUACGUCAAGCGUCUGCUCCGGUAUGUAGCUAGUACUCGGACUCUCAGCUUACACAUUCGGUGCUCUCGCCAGCCCUUGUCUCUUCGAGUCUUCACGGAUUCCGAUUGGGCAGGUGACACAGAUGACCGUACUUCUACUUCUGGUUUCUUGGUCUAUCUCGGCGACACACUGAUGCUGCUGCUGCUUCUGUUGCUCCUGUUGUUGAUGUAG